AUGGGCGCAUGCAGGGCUACUGGCCAGGUGAGGUGGGGCUCGCGGCCAGGGACUUCAGAGGCGUGGCCGGGUGCGGCGCGCGUGCAGCAGGACGUGGUAGCAGAAGGAAGCCCGGCGCACGGCGAGGCCGUAUGCCGUGCAGCAGCAGUAAGCAGGGUUCGGGCACGAUGGAGUCGGCGUCCUACGGCAUCUAAAUCGAAGGGGGAAAGGGGGGCGAGGGAGGAGCUCACCACGGGGCUUGUGGACACCUCGGUUGCCGCGGGGAUGGACCGGAGCAGCGGUGGCGACGGCGAGAUGGGGUCGGUCGGAGGAAGAAGAAGUGCCCGGGCUCCUCUCCUGGUGGACGCGGGCCUCCUCCUCCUAGUGCUCCGGCGGCGGAGCGGGCGCGGGGGUCGUCGGGUAACUUCACGAGGCGGUAACACUGUAUAUACGUUGAAGGGAAAAUCUGGUGAGAAAUUCGAGUUUAAUGCUCCAAGGGGUGGAACGUACAAGUUUUGUUUCCAUAGUCCAUAUGGAGCACCUGAAACUGUUUCUUUCUACGUUCAUGAUGGUCGCAAUCUUGUUCUUGAGGAGGCCCUGAAGGGGGAAGCCUUCAAGAAGAGGUAUGAUGAGUGGAUGGCCAGGUAUCACCGCACAUACAAGGAGGAAGCCAUGAAGAAGAGGUUCGAGGAGUGGAUGGCCAAGUACCAUCGCACCUACAAGGACGAUGAGGAGAAGGCGCGGCGCUAUGAGCUAUUCAAGGACUGUGCCAAGAUGGUUGAUAAGCUUAACGUGUUUCCAGGUGGGGCGACCACAAACAACUUUUGCGACUAUUCUGAGGACGAGAGGCAAGCCAGCUUAGGGGCCGAGUAAUCGUGAUUGCCAUCGGUGAUGGCAAGGAAGUGGCUCUUAUGCCUAAGGUAAAAUGGGCUUUCGUUCCCAUCUAUUUGAUUAAUGUAUAUUAGCUUUGAUUAGAAUUAGCUAUAAUGGCAUAACCUUACAUUUAUGUGUGCUAUGUUAAUCUGUAUGAACUCGGUCAGGGUGCAGUAUGAGCCUUAUGAAUUCCAAUCAUCUGAGACCUCGAACUCUUGUCAUUGAUCAUCUGCACAAAAAUGUAGUAGUACGUUCAUAUUAUCUUGGUGUAGAAUCAGUCAUACACCAUACAACAUGUAAUAUCUCUGCUCGAUGGGCAUUUUCUGCUCUGUGAACUGCAACAUUGGCUGCUCCAAAUAAACGAA